AUGCUACGAGCUGAGUCGGAUGUCGAAACAGUCGAGGAAGCUGCGGUCCUUGAGUGUGAGUCGUGGUUGUCUCCCCGCCAGUCCAUCUUACACAGUAUCCAACAGUUCAAGGGAACCACCCCUGGUACGGUCUUUCCGGCCAGAUGGGGCAACCGCAACGCUGUCCUUGACCCAACUCAUCCCGCUCUCCGCACGCCGCACUCGCAGAUGACAGUGACUUUCUCGGCCUUAACCCUUCGCAUUGUCCCCAAAGGCUUGCUAUACCACCCAUCGAUCCCAGUUGGCCCCGCUCCGUACAACCCAAAGCAGGACCCCGGGCAAGUCGAUGUUUCGGUUCGCGUCGUCAUGGGCGCGAACAAGUUUCCUUCCGCUGUCAUGCGGGCCAAGGUCGCUAGCAAGAUAAAGAAUGCGAUGUCACUGGUCGUGACAAGGGGUGCGUACGUGGAGGAGAACGCGGAGGGAAAGCCGAAGAUUGAGUUCAGGGAGAAGGAUGCUAGUCGGGACUGGAUCCGCAAUGGCUACACAUACGUGUUCCAUCCGCCACCGGAGCUAUACAGAAUGCCCUACCAGACCCUCAUCCCCAUCGUCCGCAAAUUGCUUGGUACGGCACGAUACCGCGGGCAAAAGCUCGAAGACUUGUGGGCCGGCCGAGGAGCACCGCGCUCGCGGUCUACACCCGCAAACCACCAGUCUCGCAAUCGACCCUCACAAGUCUGA